CAAUAAUGGAUGCACUGGAAAACAGUCUGAUAUCAAAAAUGAGUCAAAUGACGACAGAUGACAGGGAGAAUCUGAUUCACAAGUUUGAAGAAAUAAUCUCUCCUCAAAUGAUUCCACAUGACCUGGCGGCAUUCUACCUUGAUUUAGCAAAUUGGAAUCUGUCAACUGCGAUAUCAGUGUUUUACGAUCAGAAUGGAGACUUGUUGCACAUGGAGGAAGCAUUCCGGCAGACAUGUCUCUCGUCGACUGUGAAAGAAUGCACAAACCGAGAAGCAAUCUCAGGAUCUUUCACUUACCGACCGAAUUCUACAUUUUUCUGCGGGUGGCGAGUUGUCAAUGAUGGAAGGUUCAGAUGGCCUGAUGGCACCCGAUUGGCGUUUGUCGAUGGUGACCCGAUCGAUUACGAAGUAUGGAAGGAUACCGUUCUUGAUCCGGAUCAGUCGGAAAACAUUGAGAUUCGAAUCAGUUGCCCUGCUGAAAUGGGAGACUUCAAAGCCAGAUUUCAAUUUGUUACGCCACAAAAUUUUUUCUUCGGUGAAUCAAUCUGGGUUAUCAUUCGAGUGCGGCCACUUACUGAAGCAGAAGCCGCGAUGGAAGUCUCCGCGCAACCAAUGGAUCCAUUCCAUCGGCAACUCGCUGUGAUGUCAUUUGUGGAAGGACCAAGUAGCAGUGGGACACAUCCAUCUCCAGUGCCUGAUCCACCUCAAGAGGACAUGAUGGAAUGAUUCGAGACCUUGUAAAUUCUAUUGUUAUUAUUGUGAUGAUCAUCAAUUAUUUACCGUGGGAUAUCUUAAUCAAAUGUAAAUUUCAAUGCAGUUAUUGAAUCAAAAGUAAUCUUCUAACUAUUUUACUUUUAAAAUUCAACGUAGCUCGGGUUAUCAGACAUCUGGUAACUCUGUAAUGAACCUUAUUGAAACAUAUUUUCUCAUUAAGAUUUGUUCCAAUUGUGAUAGACACCCAGUACAGAUUUGUUGCCUUUUCCACCUCUCGCAUUUCUUUUUCAAACUAUUCAUCACUUUUUUCCCCAAUACCUAUUAGCCUUUUUAUAAAAUAACAUUAGAAGUCAUUGGUAUCAACUAAUUUUAUCACCACCAUUUAUUGCACUAAUCCAUUGAAAGAUUAUAAUUGGAGAAAUAAAUGAGAAAGUAUUAUUUGAAA